AUGUAUCAGAUACUGGCGCCACCACAUAUCGAAACUGAAAUGGCUACGACAGCUAACAGUCAUAAAGAUUGUUGGCCUGAGCUAAUUGGAAAAGAUGGCACUGAAGCAGCUGAAAUCAUUAAACAAGAAUCUGGUUUAACAAAAGUUCAAUUAUGUGGUCCAAAUUCUCGUUUAACUCGAGAUGUUCAAGAUGAUCGUGUGAGAGUAUCGGUCGAUGAAAAUAAUAAAGUUACUGCUGAGCCAACAAUUGGAUAA